GGCGGCGGUGGCGGCGGCUCUGUUUCGCCGGAGCCCGAGCGCGCAGGCCCGUCCCGGCGGUCGGGGGGCGGGCGGGGCGGGGGCGCCAUGUGGUUCAUGUACGUGCUGAGUUGGCUGUCGCUCUUCAUCCAGGUGGCCUUCAUCACGCUCGCCGUCGCGGCCGGACUCUAUUACCUGGCAGAAUUGAUAGAAGAGUACACAGUGGCCACCAGCAGGAUCAUAAAAUACAUGAUCUGGUUCUCCACAGCCGUGCUGAUUGGCCUCUACGUUUUUGAGCGCUUCCCUACCUGCAUGAUUGGCGUGGGCCUCUUCACCAACCUUGUCUACUUUGGCCUCCUCCAGACCUUCCCCUUCAUCAUGCUGACCUCGCCUAACUUCAUCCUGUCGUGCGGGCUAGUGGUGGUGAAUCAUUACCUGGCGUUUCAGUUUUUUGCGGAGGAGUAUUAUCCUUUCUCAGAGGUCCUGGCCUAUUUCACUUUCUGUCUGUGGAUAAUCCCGUUUGCGUUCUUUGUGUCACUGUCGGCUGGGGAGAACGUCCUGCCCUCCACCAUGCAGCCAGGAGAUGACGUGGUCUCCAACUACUUCACCAAAGGCAAGCGGGGCAAGCGCUUAGGGAUCCUGGUUGUCUUCUCCUUCAUCAAAGAGGCCAUUCUACCCAGUCGGCAGAAGAUAUACUGACCCCCUGGGGAGGGGAUGCGGGGGCAGGUUCAGGAGACUCAGGUCCCUGGGCCUCUGCACUAGGUGGGGGCCAUCAGCGGGAAGCAGCGCCCCCAGCCCUGGCCCUCCUUCCCUCGACUUCCCCUGACACCCCCAUCCCUACGCUCCUUGGGAGGCUCAGCUUGGCUCAGUCUGAUGCUGCCAGAGGCUGGGACCUCAGUGGGCACCAGGGAGGGGGCGGUGCCUGCUUAGCCAGCAGGCCGUGGUCCACCUGGGCGCGUGGAAGCCGAGCUCCUGUGGCCCUCCCGCCCCCUCCUGUGAUGGGGCAGGCGUUCUGGCUCAGCCAGGGCAGGCAGGGCAGGGGCCAUGAAGCUGGAGAGCAGACAGUGAUAAAUUCACUGGGCAGAUGGCUGUGGGGAGGGGCCAUGACUUAGCACUUGCAAGGGAAGUUUUUGCUGUUGAACUGUGAUUUCUGUCCAAGUGCUAAUUUCCGUUUGAAUAAAGAUUCUAGGUGGCACUGUUUGCCUUAAUGCCCUGAAAGUUCAUCUUCCUUUCUUCCUGCUGCCCUCCUGCCUUGGACUGGCUUUUCUCUGCCAGGGACUCCUUUUCUGGGUUUGGGUCUUGCCCUUCUGGAGGGACUGCUCUUGUGGCCCUUAGUGGGAAGUGGGCCGAGAGGAGGAAUCGAGCUGGGGAGUCAGGGUGGAGGCAGCCUCUCUUAACCCCCGCCCCUUUUUCCAUCUCUUCUUUCCCAGAGGCUCCAUGACUGUCAGGCUGGGAGCAGAGAGGGGCCAGUGUGGGACUGGGUUAGAUUUUCAGAAGAACAUCUACAGUAUCCUAUUUAUAUAAGUCUUCCCCUAGGGAAGAGGAGUGGUUUCUGGCUGAAUUCUAUCUUAGGCUCAAGGAGAAACAGAAUAAAACUCGGCAGCCUGGGCUACAGCCUGUUCUUUGGGAAACGGGACUGGUACGAGCAGCUGUUUGUCACUCCGAGACCUCACAAGGGCUGGCCCUCUCUUCCAAUAGCAGGCAGGCCAGGUCCUGGGCCCAGAGCAGCAUUUGUUGACCUUGCACUCCAACUGCAGUGCCUUGCAAGUACUCAGCAGUACGUGUGGGAAUGAAGACCCCAGGAGGGCCAUCACUGGCCAUGUCCUAUACCUCAAAGCAGGGCUGGUAGGUGCAGAGCUGGACUGCACACAUGUGGUACUUGUAAGCCACUGGGAAGACCCCUGUGCUUGAAAACCUUUUCUCUACAUCCUGCCUCAAGUCCCACCAGAGCCCUCCAUCUCCUUGGCUUAGGCACUCCCAUUCUCUUCAGAAUACCAGCCUCCCCCUUUCCUUCGGGGAAGCAGCAUAUUUUGACCUCUCAGUGGGACCAAGGCUGCCGGGCCCUUGUGUCCUGUGCAGAUGAGGGAGGACAAGUCGAGGACCCUGGGGGCCAGUGUUCUUACCGCUGGGCCAGCAGCUGGCCUUGCUCUCCCUUGCCGUCUAUCUCUUUGUUCCUCUCCCCAGCGGUGUGGCUUGGCCCCUCCAUUCACUCCACUGCCAGUGUUGGGGGGUUGCCAGUGGCCUUGUGCUAAGUCCAGCGGACCCUCUUCCUGCCUUCUCUUACUAGGUCCCUGCCGCACCUGGCAGGACUGAGCACCCCCGGCUUCCUGAAUUGCGCCGCCCUAGCACUGCUGUGGCUGGUUCUCGUCCCUCUCUGGCUGCUCCUUUCAUGGUCCUGUGCAGGCUUCUCUGCUCACCCCGUGCACAGUGGCAUUUCUCAGGGUUCUGUCGCGGGCUCCCUAGGGGAGCCCAUCCAUGCCGAUGGCUUCAGUUGAGAGGUGGCCUCCGGCCCCAACAUCCCUCUUGGUCGUCUGAGCCACAGUUCUGCUGUUGGGAGCACAGGUAACUCUCAUGGCCCAGCUGGCACAUGUUGCUGUCCUCUGCCAAUGUGCCUCUUUUGGGUGCCUGCCUUGGCCCCAAGACCACUCAGGAGCCCGACCAGAAACCUGCUUUCUAUGCCUGCUUUUCUUUCUCCCCCACAUCCAGUCUCCAGAAACUGUCAAGUUUACCUCCUUAACAUCCCUUGAUUUGAGCGCUCCCACUGUUACCAGUUUUCACCUGGGUUGUUGUGACAGCCUCCUUCUGCUUCUCUGUCCCACAGCCAGAGCUGUCUCUCUCCUGCAUAGCUGACCGAGUCACUCUCUGGCUUAAAACCUUCCAUGGCUCCCCACUGCCCUCAGGAUAAAGUCCAGACCCUUAGCGUAGCUGUGAGACUCAUGAGGUCCUGGUUCCUGCUCGCCUCUCUGGUCUCAUCACUUGCCACUUUGCCCUCUGAUUUUCAGCCUCCUGUAUCCGGAGAUGCCACUUUGAUUCCCCUUUCUUCUAUUCACCUGGGUACCUUCUCUGUCCAUUCUCAACUUAGGUUUCACUUCCUCCAAGGAACUUUGAAUUUCCCCUCUCCCUCCAGCACACCACACAGAUCACUCUGGGCAUAUCUGCCUGCUUACUGGUCUAUCUCCCCACUAGACUGUAAGCUCCUUGAGGGCAGGAACUGUCCUUCAAUUUUUGUAUCAGCAGUGCCUAGCUUGGCGCCUGGCACGUAGGAAGUACUCAAUAAAUGUUUGUUUCAUGAA